GGUUCAGUCCCUGUGGCCCACAGGGCACACAUUCGGCACAUUCCUAUGCCUGUGAAUGUCGAGGAAAUGCCCUACCAUUCCAUACCAUACCCAUGACAAGUGGUCGCCCGAAGUAUUCUGGAAACACUCAAUGAUGUCGAGCCCAGUGAUGUCCAAAGAGUUAUGGCCGUUAUAUCGAGGUUGGCCUCAGACAACGAGCCGAGCAUCCGAGCGGAACUGGUCGAGCAAUUGCCUCAAAUCUGUAUGCAUUUGAGUCAAACAACACAUAUCCUUCCCAAUGCAGUGCCUCUUCAUAUUCUUCCCAUUUUGGAACAGUUCUUGACCGACACUAACAGUCAUGUACGCAAAAUGACACAAAAUGCUUUCGCUUUGCUUUUGGAGCAAAAUAUUAUUAAAUUAAGUUUUAUUGAGGAGCAUAUCUGUCCACUACUCAUACAAUUGACAGACUUUUCCAAUUUGGAUGACUAUCGCAUUGAAGCCGUCUGUAUGAUGAGUAAAAUGGUUAGGUUUUUGGGUAAAGAGUCGACCGAAAAGAUAUUACUGCAGACAUUCACCCGUCUCUGUCUGGACGUGAGCUUUCAUGUCCGUCGUGUCUGUGCCUCGAAUUUCGGCGAAUUCUGUACAGUUGUCGGACAGUAUUUAACUGAAACUGUUUUGUUGUCGCGUUUCCGAAGUCUAUGUCAGGACAGCAUUUGGGGCGUCAGGAAGAGUUGCGCCGAUUUCUUCGUGCCCGUGGCCAUCACUGUGUCGAACCAAAUACGCAAAGAUGUCUUAUCGCCGCUAUUCGUCAAUCUACUCAACGAUCAGUCCCGUUGGGUAUGUCUAUCAUUCACGGAUUCAUUUAUCUUUUUAUCAACUAUGUAUGUCUCAAAACACAUGUAUGUCUCAAAACAGGUAAAAUCGGCUGCCUUUCAAUCAUUGGGUCCUUUUAUAUCAACAUUCGCUGAUCCCAGCAAAACAGGUCUUUAUUAUUCAGACAAUGGAAUUGUUGUCAUCGAAGACCACACCAGUAAUGAUAGCGGAUUAGGAAGCAGUGAAUCCAACGCUAAUUCGCCAACAGAUAUAGAUGUGGAUGAAGUGGAAGACACUCUUUGCGAAGAGUUCAGUCAAUUAUCGACGUCUUCGAAGGCCGACAACGAGAAACUAUUAGCCAUUGAAAGCAACGAAUUCAGUGAAUUCCAGUUCUGGAGAAUUCCCAUUCCUUCCAUUCCUCAACUUGAACUCCAGUUAUGCGAAAGUCACCACACAUUCAAUGCUGAUGACAGCGUUCAACAGACAUGUGAUCCAAACGCUAAGAUUAAUGACAAGGAAAUGGUUGAAGAUUUUGGUUCCAAUUUAAGUGAUGACCAGAAAAGCGUUCCAAAGUAUAAGGGCGUCCCUCUGGCUAUGGAACAGAACCCCGGGUUUAAUAUGAGUGCUCGCAAUCGAUACAUGUAUUGCAAUGACUCGGACGAUAGGGCUAAUGCCUGGACGGCAUAUAACCCCACCUAUCCAUCGGCCGACAUAAUGGGAGCUCGAGAGCCACUGUUAGGACUUUACUCUAACCUGAAUAUAGCGGAGACCGACGAACUCAUGUCCUUUGCGUUCGGAGAGUCGAUGGCAAUGGGAUCGGGAUAUAUGUUUCCAUACAGAAGACCCCCUCCCACUCAGGAUAUUAUACCAAACGAUCUUUUAGAGCAUUACUUAUCGAUGACUAAUCCAAUUCACUACCAAACUGUUGAUCCCGAUCUAUGCCAUCACUGUGCAUAUAGUCUGCCGGCAGUGGCUCUAACUCUGGGCCGAAAGAACUGGUCGUGUCUGAGGGAAACGUAUGAACUCUUGGCCGCAGAGAUGCAAUGGAAAGUGCGCUGGACUUUGGCCUCAAGUCUACACCAGAUGUCAAAUAUAUUGGGCUCUGAACUCACCACAAGAGACCUGUUGCCCAUAUUCUUGAGUUUUAUGAAGGAUUUGGAUGAAGUGCGGUUCGGAAUACUCCAGAAUUUGGCGCCUUUCCUUAAACUCCUACUCCGACCACAACAACAGGGAAUUCUGCCCAAAAUUUCGGAGUUCCUUAAAAUGGAUAAUAACAAGAACUGGAGGUUUCGACACACGUUAGCCCAACAAAUCGUGGAAUUGGCGCACAUUUACACCGCGUCUGAGAUUAAAGAAUAUUUAUUACCCAUUGGUUUAGUGCUUCUCAAUGAUAAAGUAUCCGAAGUGAGAUUAGCGGCAAUUCGGUUAAUAUCUGUUUUGAUAAAACAAAUCUUCGAGACUCUGGUGUACGAGCCGACGACCUCUUGUGUGGACAACAGAUUAGACAUAAUAUGGGAACUAAAUGGACAAUUGGCGGACUCCAACAGAUGGAUCCAAAGACAGACAUAUAUAUUGGUUUGCGAACAACUCAUCCAAAACGAGUCGAUACCGCGGGACCUAUUUGUGGACAAAAUGCUCCACCAUUUGCUCAAUUUGUCUGCAGAUAACGUACCAAAUAUUAGAUUAGUUUUGGCGCGAAUCCUAACCAACACUUUCUGGCCAAUCGCUCAAUUUAGAUCUCAUUUCAAAGUUCAACAAACUUUAGAGGACUUGCAAUCAGAUAAGGAUAAAGAUGUGCGCCAGCAGUCUAUGGCCGUCCAUUUGUACGACAAUACAGAAUCGGACAAUUUAUAA